UCCCCCUCCCACGCGCCGCCGUGUUUGGCUGCGGCGAGGCGCGCGAGCGCUUCCCGGAGAGAGACCGAGGAGUGGGGAACCGAAACCGGGACCACCGAGACAGAGACAGAAUAACCGGGACCGGGGAGAGACCGGAGUUAAAAAAAAUGUCUGAAAAGUUGAGGUCUGAUAUUAAUUUAAAGGAACCACGAUGGGACCAAACGACCUUCAUGGGGCGAGCCAAGCAUUUCUUUAUGGUGACUGACCCUCGCAAUGUUCUACUUUCCAGUGAAGCAUUAGAGGCAGCGAGGACCACUGUGGAGAACUACAAGCAUGGCAAAGUCCAACCAGAUCUGACUGAAGAUGAGCUUUGGAAAGCGAAGUACAUCUAUGAUUCAGCUUUUCAUCCAGAUACAGGCGAAAAAAUGAUUCUGAUUGGACGGAUGUCUGCACAGGUUCCAAUGAAUAUGACCAUCACUGGUUGCAUGCUGACAUUUUAUAGGACCACUCCAGCUGUAGUCUUUUGGCAGUGGGCCAAUCAGUCUUUCAAUGCAAUUGUUAACUAUACCAACAGAAGUGGGGAUGCACCGUUGACAGUGGGCCAACUGGGUACUGCAUAUGUCAGUGCAACAACAGGUGCUGUUAUCACAGCCCUUGGGCUAAAGUUACUCACUAAGCAUUUGCCCUCACUGAUUGCACGUUUUGUGCCCUUUGCCGCUGUAGCUGCUGCCAACUGUAUCAAUAUCCCUCUCAUGCGGCAGAGAGAACUUAAGUUUGGGAUUCCAGUUGCAGAUAUCAAUGGGAAUCGUCUCGGGGAAUCGCAAAAAGCAGCACAGCAGGCCAUUGCCCAGGUGGUGGUCUCUCGGGUUGGUAUGGCAUUACCUGCCAUGGCAAUACCUCCAAUUAUCAUGAAUGCUUUGGAAAAGCGAACGUUUUUAAAGCGUUUCCCAGUUUUCAACGCUCCUAUUCAAGUUGGCCUUGUAGGCCUCAGCUUGGUUUUUGCCACUCCACUAUGCUGUGCACUUUUUCCACAAAAAAGCUCCAUGAAGGUCUCCCACCUGGAACCAGAACUUCAAGAUAGGAUUUUGUCAAGUAACCGUGGCAUUGAUGUAGUUUACUUCAACAAGGGUUUAUAGACAAUUCUAACCAAAGCAAAUGGCCAAGAUAGUUAACAAUCCAACUCAGCAGCGGCAGCAACGGUAACCUUCUUUCAAGUUGUAUGUGAUAACUGUCCUGGAAUUUGCCUAUUUCACAGAAACAGCUUUUUUCCGUUUUGGAUGACCAGAUGGGUGAUGGGGAAAUUGCCUUGUAUAGGCUGAGGAGAUAAUUACACUAAAACCGGAAAAAGAACAUGAUUUGGACACGGAAAAAAGUGGAGCUGGGAAGGCACAGCAGGGCAGGCUGCAUCGGUUGGGCAGGAAAGUUGAUGUUUCAGGUCAGGAUCCUUCAGGAUGUUUCCCCUGGCUCCCACCCUGACCUGCUGUGCCUUUCUAGCUCCACAUUUUGUCGACUCUGACUUCUAGCAUCUGCAGUCCUUACUAUCAGCAUGAUUUGGACAUUUAAUUCUCCCCUUUUUCAGAUUCAGUAUGACUUGUACAGGUGUUUGCACACUGGAGCAUUUUGUUGGUGCAUGGUGAAGCAGAAUCUAAAGUAUGGAUUAGUUGUCCAGAAACCAAGAAUUUUUUGUGUGAUCUUCUGGGUUUCAAAACAGAAUUGAUCAGAUUUUAUAAUUCCAGUUAUUUAGAGGGGAAAUAAAAUGUCAAUUCCACAUCAUGCAUUAAUGGCGUUGCUGAAUACACAUCUUCCUACCUCUACAGCCUCUCAGGGAAUCCAUGAUUCUCCUAAACCAACCCAUGAUCACAAGAAUCAAGUUUAGAAACACUCCACUUCCAUCGGCCUUCCACAUCCAGAGAGCUGUUCAUGACUUAACUUUCUUGUGCUUUCGGUUGUUCAGUGUCCCUAUAGUAGUUUGUGGUCGAUAAACAUCAAUUAUAAUGUUGCUCUAUUUCAGAGGGUGCUUACUUGCCUGCUAUUCUGGACUGAAACAGCUUUACAUGGGAGUUAUCUGCCAUACUAGGGAAGAAGGUUAAAACUAAAACUGUGCCCCUCUGCAUCUGCUUUUAGUUUGCUUCAUAAUCUAUUCCAAUAGGAACCCACGUGGAACAUUUGUUUCAUUCUGUUCUAAGUUGUGAAUUCACAUCCAACUGCCUAUCCUAUUUUCAAAUACCUAAAAUAAGGUUUGACUGGCAAUAUAAAAGGUUCCUUUUGGUGCUCCUUCAAAUUGGCUUAUGUUGAAACAUACUGAUUUGUUAAAUGUUUUAAGAUUCAUUAAACGUGAAGAUGUUUUGCAGAUGACAUGAUGAGGUGUUCAGCUUUCAUGCUUGAAAGCGCAUCACCUACCUUUUUUUAAACCUGUUGCAGUUGUCAGGCAAGAUUUCUUUAACCUUGAUGUCUGUAAUGGGAGCCUUGCACUUCCAUGUAAAAAAUCUCAAAUCAAAAUGACUCUUGUAAUUUUGUUAAAAAAACUUAGUCUGGAAUUAUGGCAAAUACUGUAUUUUUGUCUUGGCCCUUAGUUUUGUAACUCAAGUUUAAAAUAUAUGAAAGAGGGACUGACCUAAUGCUGGCAUAAACUCUUGUAAUGAAGAAGACAUGGAUGAAUCAAUUAAUUCACACUGAUAUAUGUGAUAUUCCAGUCAUCUGCUUGUGACAUUAUCACAUUGUUUUUCAAAACCAAGUACACCACACUUCAUUCUUAAAAGCACAAGAAAAUGUUAGCUGUUCUCCUUUUGUGGCAAUGGAAAUGUUUUCAGAUGUUCUGUUUCUUCAAAUUGUGCUUUCACUUUCAUUGGAACAGCAAAAGACACAGCAGUACUCUUGUCUUUGUUAUUAAUGCCUUGUAAGCACUGAAUCUCUCAAGGCGGGAUAUUUUUCAUCAGUAAGAUGUUUGCAAUUAUGAAGAAACUUUUAAAAGUUUUAUGCAAAAGUAAUGAUUUCUGUAUUAAAUAUGAAAUUAAGUAAAAGCUGAUCAUUAGCAGUUAUCAUAUCUUCAGAAUAUGCCAAAGUUAUUUUAAGUGCUGUGAAUCACUGCUGCAAAUAUGGAAAUCAAACUGUGCACAGCAUAGUCCCAUGAACAGUAAAAAUGGUCAAUAAUUUAAACUUCAUAAACAUGUAAUAGAAUUUAUAAUUGGCCUAUCAAAUUGGAGAUGCAUUUAGGUGGAGAUAAUUUGAGACUUGAAGACCAAGGCAAUGUAAAAAUCCUUUAUUAAAAGCCUAAAAUUCAAAAACAUUGCAGGAUAUGUUUCCAACAAAGUUUUGGUAACUUUCUUUUAAAUUUUGUUUAAAAUGAUUAUUCUCCAGGCUAACAAUGCAAAUUGCAAAUCUGAACAGUGGCUGAUUGAAUUAAUAUAUUUUCUUCCACUAAGACAGGAGUAGCUACCAGAGAGUCAUUGGGUUCAGGGUAAGGUGAAUUUUGUUCCUGCUGUUCUUGAAUUUCAUGUAUUUCUUCACACCCCUGACAUACCACCGUGGAGUAAGUAUCAUUGAGAAACAAGUUAGAGCAUCUUGAGAACAAUAUAUUUUCAGACAUGCUGAAAAUCAAAUGGACAUAUAUAGGGUCCCAAACUUCAGAUGAGAAUAGGUGAUCGCUGUACAGUGCACAUCCUGGCGAGGAUACUAGGUCUUGUUAAAGUUUCUGGGAAAGCGCAGCAGGUCAGGCA